AACGAUCGAACACGGUGCCUGAUCGAUUACACACUGCACAACUUUGUAGCUCUAGACCGGAUACUGAUAAAAUGUAUGCUUUAAUAUCUGAUGUACGGUAUAGGUGGAGAUUGGACGCAAGAGUUCCAGACUCAUCAGCCACCCGGUGCUCGUCUCUUUGAGCUGAGUCCCGAAGAAGAGGCCGCCUUCUCGGCUGCGUUUCAACAGCACCAAGCUCCUCCACAUGAAUGGCAGGAAGAGUUUAUGCAGCGCGAGCAUGUGGUUGGCGAAAUGCCCCCAGAAUUCGAAGCUGCUUUCCAAAAGAAUUUUGACUGGGCCAAUGAGUUCGCACUGGUCGAGGGCAAGGGCAAAGGAAAGGCGAUCGAUGCCAACAGCGCCUCAUGGGAAGCCCAAUUCGAGGCCGCUCAACGUGACGGCGAGGCAGCAGCGACCGCCAAUCCCAUCAAUUUUGAAGAACAUGAGCAGCUUGAGGAUCUCUGGAACACUCUCAGAGAUAACCUGACAGAUACCGAGGACGUACAGAAUAUCUUGGAUGACCCUUCAAGCUGGGAGAACGAGUUUUCGGAUCUGAGUGCGGUCGCAGCCCCACAGCUGGGACCCUAUACGUUCGAACCCAACAACCCGUACUUAACACACCCAGACCCUAUGGCGGAGGGUAUUCGGCUUACAGAGGAAGGCGGCUCCCUUUCGGAGGCGGCCUUGGCCUUUGAGGCUGCUGUGCAGCAGGAUGAGAACAACAGUCGUGCCUGGAUGAUGCUUGGAAAUGUUCAAGCCCAGAACGAGAAGGAGGAGCCCGCGAUCCGAGCUUUGGAAAAGGCCGUCCAGGUCGAUGCCAACAACUUGGAUGCAUACAUGAAUCUUGCUGUCAGCUACACGAAUGAAGGAUACGACCACCAGGCAUACCUGACACUAGAGCGCUGGCUGGCAACCAAAUACCCGGAUAUUGUAGCAGCAAACCCUGCACCAACCACAUCAAUCAGCUCAUGGGAGACCCACGCACGUGUGACCGAUUUGUACCUGCAGGCCGUCCGGAAUGGAUCCUCAGGAGCCGACAUGGACGCUGAUCUUCAAGUCGGACUUGGCGUGCUGUUCUAUGGCAGUGGCGAGUAUGAGAAGGCCGUUGACUGUUUCGUGGCAGGGCUCAAGGUCCGCCCAGGCGAUUAUCUGCUUUGGAACCGAUUGGGAGCCACAUUGGCCAACAGUGGACGGAGCGAGGAUGCGAUUGAGGCGUAUCACAAGGCGCUAGAGAUCAAGCCGUCGUUCGUUCGUGCGCGGUACAACCUGGGCGUGUCAUGCAUCAACAUUGGAUGCCAUAAGGAGGCUGCAGAGCACUUGCUGGGCGCCUUGAGCAUGCAUCAGGCCGAUGGCGAAGGAAACGGACAGGGCGGAUCUGUCAAUGUGAGCGGAAAUCUUUGGGAGACUCUCCGUCGCACUUUCAUGAUGAUGGACCGCAGUGAUUUGGCAGAGCGCGCGGUCGUCGGCGCGGACAUUAACCAGUUCCGCGGCGAGUUUGAGUUCUAGAGAAGGAAGGAGGUGCGGAUGGUGUGGUCUUUGAUAGACAUAUAUAC